AUGGACACAGAGACAAUAAGAACCAUCGUAGGCAUUGUUGGAAAUGUCAUAUCUCUUGGACUAUUUCUCUCCCCCAUACCAACGUUUCUGAAAAUAUGGAAGGAAAAGUCAGUGCAGGAUUUCAAGCCGGAUCCGUAUGUGGCAACUUUACUAAACUGUGCAAUGUGGUCCUUCUAUGGCCUCCCAUUCGUUCAUCCCGACAGCAUUCUCGUGAUCACGAUCAACGGCACUGGAUUCUUCAUUGAACUCGCCUUCGUUGCCAUCUUCCUCGCUUUCUCUACUUGGCCAAAUCGCAAAAUGAUCAUCAUCUUUCUUGUGGUCGAAGCUAUCUUUUUGGCGGUUGUAGCUUUCGUAACCCUGAACUUUUUCCACACCACCAAGGCUCGAUCCAUGAUUGUUGGAAUACUUUGUAUUAUCUUUACGAUCUCUAUGUAUCUUUCACCAUUGACAGUCAUGAAAAUGGUGAUCCAAACAAAGAGUGUGAAGUAUAUGCCACUAUGUCUCUCAGUUGCCACCUUCUUCAAUGGAAUCGUUUGGGUUAUUUAUGCUCUCCUUAAGUUUGACCCCUACAUUGUGAUUCCAAAUGGUUUGGGAACAUUUUCUGCGCUCGUUCAACUCGUCCUAUAUUGCACAUACUACAAGACGACAAAGUGGGAUAGUGAUGAUGAUCAGAAGCCUCACUCUGAAGUCCAACUCUCAGACGCAGUUUAG